CAACUAAUAUUAGAAACGAAAUAAGGACAAGAGUAGAUGAAGGAGAUAAAGAACAUGCUUCAACCUUAGUAUCUUCUACAUUACACAAACUUAUGCUUAAACUUCCAGAAAUUAACCAAAAAAAGUGCAAGGCACUCUUUCUCUGA